UUUUUUUUUUCCCUUGGCCGGGUUGAAUUUAAAGUGAAGUCGCUGCAUUGUUCAGAGGCCUCCGUGCCCCUAAUGCAUUGACUGGAGCUACUGUUUACACGGACUUUUCAUUCCUGUAUUGUUUGCUUAUGGAAAAUAAGGGGGAGUGACACCAAAAAAAAAAAAAAAAAAAAGGAGGAAAGGGAGAAGGGAGGCACGGAGGCACUGACCGCAGAGCAAACCAGGAACCUUGCCCCUGCCUGAUCAUUAACCUUGCUGGAAGACGCCGCUGCCUGCGGGCUCCCCAGCUUGUCACUGGCAUGUGAGCCAGGCGGGGGGGCGCUGCCUGCGGCGCUGCCGGCCCCUUGCAGCCACGCGGGCCGCUAUUCUGUACAUUUCUUCGCCUUUAUACAUCUCUACUCCCUUCAGAGCGCGCCUCUACGCUGACUGCAGACAUGAGACUCCAACUGCUCCUCUGUAUCGUGUUUCUGCUCCUGGCGAGCCUCCUCCCCGCCGCCGGGCAGAGGCCAGCCAACCUGGCCCUGCGCAGGAAGCUCCACCGGCACGGCUGCUCCCACCGGCGCUGUGUGCCGCUCCACUCCAGGGUGCCCUUCCCCUGAGCCCCGGCGGGACGGGGGCCAGUUUCAUAAUGGGCUUUCCAGUGUUUUAAAGGAGCAACAAUUAAACCGAUAUUUAACCACAAAUCCAGAUCAAGAACUGCUGACCUGAUAGAGCCACUGCAGUCCCACCCUCAGCAGCCCUGUCUGCCACAUUCUGCGAGACCUGGAGCAAAGGGCCCUGGCUCACACCCUGGGAAGGGAGAGAAGAAAUGGAUGGUGGCGGUGGGAGGAUGUACAUGAAAUUCAUCUGGUUGAAACAUUCCCUAUAAAUUCUUUGGCUCUCAUAAAGACCAGUGAAACUUAAAAGACCAAAUCAAACACCAGGUGCCUAGAGAUGGAUUUCCCAUGGCAUUAUUAAGGAUCUGUCCAAGGGCACUCAAUGGCCUGUACUGUUCGGACUGAGAGAAACCGGACCUGCUGUUGACUACUCGAUUCAGGCUGUGUGCAGGGCAGUAGUUAAGAGUAAAAUAAUGUCAAACUCCAGCACGGAACUACAAAGUCAAUUUUUUGUCUAUACAUAUUAAUACUGUAUAAAUACAUGUUUUAACACCUAACAUUACAGCUUUAUGGAAUUACCUUAAUAAUAUAGAAUUUAUUACUGUAAUAGCACCAAAAUCAGCACCACACUAGUGGUCCUACUGGCUUACUGUAUCAUAAGCGUAGUAAGAGUUUACAAUAUAAGAAAGCAAAGAGAGUGUUAUCCCUCAUUCUAUAGAUAGAGAAUUGAAAUACAGAGAUAAGAGAUUAGCCAAGGGUCAUGCAAAACUGAUAACUCAUAUCUCUCAAGUCAGGCCUUAAGGUCAAGCCCAUCCUCCUGUCUAAUGAGCUGUUACUGCAAAGCCUGUCGUUUGUUUUCUUAAACUGAGCUGCCAAACCAGACAGCUAAACAUACUUGAAAAUUCAGUACUAGAGAACUAUUUGCUUAAUAGUAGUUUUCCUAAAAUACCCACUACAGUAUUAUAAAUAGAGCACAAAAAUAGACCAUUGAAAAUAAACCUUUGUUUGGUCAACCCCAGUGUUGCAUAGUACUCUGUUCCUGUAAUUAAAAUGAAUGGGAUAUUUGGAACACAGCACUACAAUGAAUGAGAACUUCAAACAGAAAAUAGGAUGUUCUUUUCAGCACUGGAGGUCAAGAAUACAUUGAGCUUUUAUUUUACGUUUUGUUUUUGAAAAUACACGUUUCACAUAUUUUUAUAUCAGCAGAAAUUACAAACGUACACUCAAGGAAAACAUGGUAGCCCUUUCAUUAGCAGAAUGAAAACCUGAAAGUAAGUCAUACCCAGAUUUUUAAGUAAUCGCACUAGUCUUAAAAUAGUCUUGAAAUGAAGUUGAGGGAAGAUCAGCAGUGUCAUAGUUUAAAUCCAGUAUUUUGUCUUGCCGCACGCAGCUUCUAAUAAGUGAAAGAACAGUAAUCAAGAAAAGUGGAUAGCUGAAACUUUUUAAUCAGUGUCUGUAUGUAGCCCCUCAUCUCUUAAGAACUUAAAACCUUAAUCAGAUUCAUACUGGCAGAGCUUGACGGGAGUUUCAAAUUUCUCCAUAUAGAAAAAUCCUGUUCCAGAUGGGAUAUAAAAAGAUGGUCAAACUUUACUAUACCUACAAAAAAAAAACCUGGAGGUAAACCUUUAGAAGUUUUGAAAAAAAGCCUUUUCCAAAAUCAGAGGCAUGCUACCACUGACUUUAUUUUUUAAGUAUUUAUUUAACUUAGCUUUCACAUGUAUCCAUGCCUAUGUAUGUUUAGAAGGACAAGUAAAGAAUGUGGGAAAGCAAGAAAGGUGAAGAGUAACUAUUUAACAGUUAUGCCUUAUAAAUGAAUAUAUGGAUUUAGUGUGGCACUGGAUAUUUUAUAUAAUCGUAAUUAUUCAAUUAACUUUGAUAAAAUAAUAAGAAAAACAUAAUGUUAUCUAUCAGAGAGCUAUAUAUGCAUCUACCUUUACAGAUGUAAAAGUAAGUACCAAAGUGUCCUAGGAAGCCCUUUGUCAGUCUACAAAAUUAUUGUAAAUGUCCUUUAUACAUGCUGAUACCAUAAAAUCUUCUUGAAAAAGGCAUUGAUUAUGAUCUUUGAUGGAUGUGUUUAUAAACUGGCUUGUUGACUGUAUGUUUCGUAAAAAGAUAGUAUGCGCUUCAAAUAACAUCUCAUUUUAAAUAAAUUGUGUACACUUGUCAAAAUUUAUAUUCUUCGGUUGUCAAAGGUAGGGUAUCUAAAGAAAACGGAGAGUUUGUCUUGUUUCCAUGUGGAUUCAGAUGGAACUUCUGACACAAAUAAAUAGUAAUUAUCAUGUAA